GCCCCGCCCCGUCCUGAAUAUGGAUGCGGCGCGCGUCGGCGUCGCCCUCCUCCCAUUGAGCGAGGCUGUGUCGCGUGGCCCAGCGUCGGCGUGACGGUUGGACGCGGGCGCGGCCCUGCGGGUCCCGAUUGCUGCAGCCGCUUGUCAGUGUGAUGAAGAUUGGCACCCAGGCUGUGGGAGCUGCUGCCUGCCAGCCUGCUGCCUCCUGGGACCCACGGCUCCACCCCUGCAGGGGUUCAGACGCCUUUGCUUCUGCCUCAAGAUGAUGUGACGCGUUCAGUAGCGCUGAGGAACCAUGAUGGCCACGCAGACGCUGAGCAUAGACAGCUAUCAAGACGGGCAGCAAGUGCAAGUAGUGACAGAGUUAAAAACUGAGCAAGAACCCGCCUGCUCUGAGCCAGAUGCGGAAGGGGUGAGCUCCCCUGCGGUGGAGCCCCAGACCCCCAUGGAUGCAGACAAGCAGGCCAUUUACAGGCACCCGCUGUUCCCGCUGUUGGCUCUGCUCUUUGAGAAGUGCGAGCAGUCCACACAGGGCUCCGAGGGCACCACGUCGGCCAGCUUCGACGUGGACAUCGAGAACUUCGUCAGAAAGCAGGAAAAGGAGGGGAGGCCGUUCUUCUGUGAGGACCCAGAGACAGACAACCUGAUGGUCAAGGCCAUCCAGGUGCUGCGCAUCCACCUGCUGGAGCUGGAGAAAGUGAACGAGCUGUGCAAGGACUUCUGCAGCCGCUACAUCGCGUGUCUCAAGACCAAGAUGAACAGCGAGACGCUGCUGAGCGCGGAGCCGGGGAGCCCCUACUCGCCCGUGCCAUCCCAGCAGAUUCAAGGUGCCAUCACGGGGACCCUCAGCCCUCAAGGCAUCGUGGUGCCCGCCUCCGCUCUGCAGCAGGGGAACGUAACCAUGGCGACAGUGGCAGGCGGCACGGUUUAUCAGCCUGUCACGGUCGUCACUCCACAGGGCCAGGUGGUCACGCAGGCACUGUCGCCUGGAACCAUUAGGAUCCAGAACUCCCAGCUCCAGCUGCAGUUAAACCAGGACCUGAGCAUCUUGCAUCAAGAUGAUGGCUCCUCCAAGAACAAGCGGGGUGUCCUGCCCAAACAUGCCACCAACGUCAUGCGCUCCUGGCUCUUCCAGCACAUCGGGCAUCCCUACCCAACGGAGGAUGAGAAAAAACAGAUCGCGGCUCAGACUAGUCUGACACUGCUCCAGGUCAACAACUGGUUCAUCAACGCCAGAAGACGGAUUCUCCAGCCCAUGCUGGACUCCAGCUGCUCAGAGACCCCCAAGGCCAAGAAGAAAACUGCCCAGCACAGGCCGGUGCAGAGGUUCUGGCCCGACUCCAUCGCGGCAGGGGCCUCACAGCCUCCACCGAGUGAGCUCACCAUGCCCGAAGGAGCCGUUGUGACCAUCACCACGCCUGUGAACAUGAACGUGGACAGCCUGCAGUCACUUUCGUCCGACGGGGCCACCCUCGCCGUGCAACAGGUGCUGAUGGCGGGGCAGAGCGAGGACGAGUCUGUGGACAGCGCCGAGGAGGACGGGGGUGCACUGGCCGCAGGCCACCUCGGCGGGCUGGUGCUUGACAACAGUGGGCCCCUGCCCUAGACGGGCUGCUCCGGGACUUCCAGUUUGCACAGCAAACAUCUUACAGUUUCUUUCUAGUAUGUUUUAUAUGUAGCUAUAGAAGAGUGCACUUUUGUAUUGCCUAGUAAGCCCAGG